AUGUCACACACUGUGACCAUUAUGAGGACAACAACAACAUCAUCUAGCAACGUCAUGUUCGUCAACAGUGGCUACCUUGGAACACUACCAGGAUUGCUCAAGCUUGCCCAAUUGUUGUUGGGAGCGGCUUGCGUUGGUGUGGUUGGGUACUACUUGGAGCCAGGUUUCUAUCGUUACAAUGGUCAAAAGCCUGAACUCUUUUAUUUCUUGGUGUCGGUAGCCUGUCUCGUCGGCACCUUCUGUCUACUCACCUCGUGCCUUGUGUCACUAACCACUGCCACCAUGAUAUCAAAGACUGUUUACGAGGUGAUCUAUCACGGUGUGGCCUUUAUUUUGUACUUAGCGGCGGGUCUCACACUAAUUAUUGAGGUUAAUCAUCAAAAAAGUAGUUACCGUAAAGAUUAUGAUCCCUAUUUGGCUGCUGCGGUGAUGGGCCUCGUGAUGGCGGGACUGUACCUACUAAGUACCUUCCUUGCAAAUCGUACCUACCGCGGUAUUUAA